GGACAAAGUUUCUUGAAAGAAAAGAAAUCCAUUGUUUUGGCAACAUCACUCAAUAUCAGUAUGGUAGAUGACAAAGACCUAGCUCUCUGUGACCUUUUGGAGGACUGCAAAAUUAAGAAAAAUUUUGUGGAGUUGCGAAUAACAGUGUUCUAUUUGCUGUCACUGAGGAUGGACACAUACUACACAUCAGCAUGCACACCAUGGUUCCCCGUUAUCUGUGGAAAAAGACACCAGUCAAAGACUUGGUGGUGCUGGAGGGCAGUUCUGUGCACGAAUGUAACCUCCUGGCUUUGGUGGACAGUGAACACGAAGGUGUGGCUCUCAUCUCGAUGUCCAGGCCAGAUUUCAAAGUUAAUUACACCCUUCCAGUUGGAGACAUAAGUUUUUUAGUAAACCAGAAGGGAUCAGAAGAAAUUUUAUUUUUGGAAGGUUUUGGAACUGAUAUAAUUAACACCAUAAGAGUUAAAGCUAUUGUUGAAAGUCAACCGGAUUUGAGGCUUCAAAGAAUUUUGAGAAGAGGUAAAUUUGAAGAAGCUGAAAAAUUUGCAAGAGCUUUCAGUUUAGAUCUGGAAAUAGUAUACAAAGCACAUGUUCAAAGACUUAGUCAAGAUUUGAGUCCAUGGAGUUCAACAAUAGAUAGCCAGAAGAAUAUAUUUAGCAAAAUUUUGGAAAUUAUAGAAAAAAUUAAGGACCAUCACUUUGUUGCUGAGAUCUGUGUCACUGCCAUACCUCCAAACUUCGACAUGUUACAUACUAUGUUAAUGUAUGGAAUGGAACGAUUCUCUAAAGUUGAGGAUAAGUGUAAGGAAAACCUGAGUGAACUGCUGGCCAAAGUGAGCACCAUCGCUCGCAGAAUGGACACAUGUAUGUUAAUUCAUGGUUCAGCCACCACAGUCGACCAUUGGAUAGAAUUCCCCAAACAUGAUCUCGUUAUCAGCUGUCUUAAUCAUAUCAAUAGGGAUGAGAUCAAAGAAUCGAUUUUGAUCUGGAGUCGACAUUUAAGUGACAUGAAACCUUUGUUUACAAUGAAGAAAGCCGAAAUGUUGAUGAGUAGUAUACCAAAAUCAACUAAGCUACAAGACCUUCUUUUGUGGCUGCAUCAUUUUGUUCCUCCGAUUUUGUCAUUGUUUCCUAACAUUCUCAUCAACGUGGUAGAUUGGGCAGCACAGAGAGUCAAAGACCUUGAAGCUUAUGACUCUGAAGCUUGGCCGGAUUCGGGUCUUAAGUUGGCGAAAUGUUUGCUGAAAAUCAUUAAUACACCAUACACAGAGAAAAGUAUUUUAUUGCAAUCUCAAAGAGUUGCCUUAAGGAACGAGAACUUGUCUCACCAGUCUCCCCAGAACCGUUUACUUCUUCUGAUUGACACUUUGGAAGAUAUCAACAUUCUCAAGAAAAGUUAUGGAGUCAAUCUUCUAUACAAUGAGUUUGUCCAAGAAGAUCAUAGCAGUUUUGUUGCUGUACUGUUUGAACGUUUACCUCUGGAGAACAUUUCUUUGUUCAUGGUUGAGUUUUUCCCUAGACUGAUGAUGGAUCGUGAACUUGACCCUGACACACAGAUACUGCAGUUCAUUCAGGAUAUAGUAACACACUGUGAAGACUGGUGGUACUGGGAGGAAGCUCCGUGGGAGGCCAUAGUUACAGCUUUGGUACCUCAUAUUAACAGUAUCCAGACAAAGCUAGAUGCAAUCUUACACGUGCUGAACUCUGCGCCGGUACCAUGGACAGCGACAGUGGCCCAACUUGCAGAACAAGGAGUGCGACUGCCUCACUACAGGGCCAGUGAAGUAUACAAUGAGUGCAACAAUGUGCCUAAGAAACUGAUUAUGAAGAAGUAUGGAGUCCAGUUUGAUAGAAAAAAUGGGAGGCAAUUGGUUCAUCUCAUAUUAAAGAGAAACGAAAAACACAUGCUGGAGGAUAUAAAUGAAGUGGCUAAAUGUGUGAAAGGAAAUGUCACUGAAAUCUAUCUCAUUGUCCUGAUUCACUUAAUUGAACAUGGGGAGGACAACAAGGUGUGGCAAUUGUUAAAAUCUGUCGAUAAAGAAUGCAAAGAACAAUGUAUAUCUCGACUAAUAUUCCAUAUUAAGUAUCUGAUGGAACGUGGUGCAUGGGACAAAAUAUCUCCUUACCUUGAAUUUAUGCCUGUGUUGGAAGAUCCUAAGGAAAAACAGUUCUUUGCUGAGUUAAGGAAUAUGUACACACUGAAGACGGAGUUCGACAUAACAACAUCUUUAGGAAAAGUAUUUGUAUCUGGAGAGAGAGAAAAAAUUUUAGAAAAUCAAGCUGAGAAAAUGGUCCAAGAGAUCAAAUCAGGUUCUCUUUCGGAACCUUUGGCUCGAAAUAAAAUCUGUAGACUGGCUUUCCUACUUCAUAUGACUGUUGAAGAAGGCAUUAUUGCACUAUCGAGCCAUUGUGUGAAACACAACUUACAACUUGCUUUGUCCUUUUUAAGUAUCAUUGAAGACCUGAAGAUGAAACCACCACAGGUGUACACUAAAAUAUCUGCGUUAAUAGGACAACUGAUAUCAGUGUACAAGCCUACAGAGAGUCCAAGCAUGUUGAUUGAAUGUUUCUCCUACGUCACAAGCAAAGUUACCAGACAAUAUCGUACUUACUCUGAAAGUUGUCAAUUUGACAACAUCUGCUGCUGGAUGAGUCUGUUGAACCGUAGCAUCGGCUGUAGCAAGGCUGCUAUUAAGCCAGCAUAUGGCGACCCAGCUCCCACACCCACAUCUGUUAUUUUGGUCCAUUCUUGUAUCCAAAAUAUGAUUUACUGCUUUUUCAAACCAUUUGAAAAUGCAGUGUUACCAGUUGACAAAUCUGCUAGUUCAUUCCUUUCAAAUACAAAUGAAGUAGCUAAUGAGAACAGAGAGAUAAUGCUGGUAUGGCAGAGAUUGAGGGAAGAACAACAGGAUCUCACUUGUAUAAGGUUGAUGAUUGAUCAUUGCUGGUCCCAAAAAAUAAUUAACCCCGCUUUUAUAAAAAGUACACCAGUGGAUAAAUUUUUAACUCAGAGUAUUAAGGAACUUCUAAAAAAGUUGUUCAGAAUGCGCAAUUUUGAUCUUGAACUUGCUCUAUCUCUUCUUCAUUACUUCAGCAAGGAUGAAGCCUUGGAUUUUCUUGUUGAGGAAUCACAGAGUGUCGGCUACAACUACCAACGGCUCAGUGCUAUUUCUCAACUUGCACUCACCUAUUGCGAAGUAAAUAAGAUUGAUAAACUCACAAAAAAAUUCAAAAAACAUCACAUGUCUUGUAAAUGGGCAAAAAAACUAAAUGAACUUGGGCUGCCUUACAAAGAUGCAUUUAAAGAUACGGACAAUGAACAUAAGCAGUUGAUUUCAAAACUAAUAUCAUUACCUUCUAUAACCAUCCCUCUGCUGAAAGAGUUUUGUCUGGACAUGUUCUUUGAUCUACAAGAGUGCCUCAUGAUGUACUUGGAGUACCUGCUGUUGAACUGGCAGCCAGACAUGCGUGUUACGGAGGUCCCUUCUUCAGGGGACAAAGUUAUGGUGGUUAAGAACUCAAAACAGGAGCUGUUACAACAGUGCAGGGCUGUCCUGCACCAGCUAGGGACCAAGGCUGUCAAGUCUGAACUAGGAGUGAUGACGUGGAAUGAAUCAAUACAGAAUGGUCUCUGCAAUUUUUGGAACAAGGUCAACUACUAUUAUUAUGAGGUAUACUUUGUGCUGGCAGAACUCUACCAGAAUGUCUUGUCCCAGCAAGUAGCCAUCCAACAGAUUCUUAGUUACCAGGGUAUGCUGGAAUUCCUCCAGUCCUACACAAGAAUAAGCGCACCCAGUGAAACAGAACAAGAACAGUGGUUUCAGCUCUUCCCUAAUACGAACCACCUGCCACCAAUAUCACAAUAUCGUCUGCCAUUCAUUCCUUUCUGUGUGAAAGAACCUCCUUGGAGUACCAUUAAGCCAGAGUUGAGCUUAAAGACAUAUAAAAUAUGGUACGACAUCAUUCCUAAUCUUGGCCUGGACCGAGACAUGUUGUGUACACUUACAAUUCAAAGACUGACCAGUGACCAACUGGCCGGAGGAUCCAAGGAUAAGAGUGGGUGGCGGCUACAGACUUGUAACAACAGUGUGCUGCAGGAUAUACAGGAGUGUGUACGUCACAUCCGCAACCAGGAGAUGGCCAGUGCUGCCCUCUAUUAUGUGGUCAACCACAUGCCACCAGGAGCAGACCAGAUGGCAGCAGCCAAGCUCUGCUACCUGCAGGCCGAGACUUGGCUCUCACAAGAUUUCAGUGAGAAGGCCAAGGCCGGCUUUGCCAAGGUCCAGAAGAAGUACCUGACAGUGUGUACAAGUCACAUUCUCCAUUCUUCUGGACUUGGCAAACCAGAGUACCUGGAGUUAGUUCUCCAUCCUCAAGAACUCAUCUGUGCAUUGUACGAUGAUAGCAGCAUCUUGCAACGCAAAACUGGUACUCUUAGCCAUUGUCCAGAUAUUAACAGUGUGGUGUUGGCUAUCGGUCAGCUACACCGCGUGAAUGUGGUAGGGAUACAACAGGAACUGCUUAGUGAGUGGCUCUAUCCAGCAGAUAGUCCACCACUAGACUCUAGCUGCGAUGACAUCACACAGAACAUUGCAGCCAUCCACAGUGGCUCCACCGUACUCUCUGACAAUGAUAGCAUAAUCAGAGCUUGCUAUGUACUGGAGAGCAUGGAACUGGAGACAGCUGCCAAGUAUCUGGUGAGUUAUGCUGGAGAGCUGGAGUGUCGACCCACUGCCGUGAGGCUCCGUGCACUUCAGUGUUUGUGUACCAUCGCUACCGCAGACAUCGUCGUUACCACUACUGGCCGCACUCUUGACAGCAUCAAGGGAAAUAUGCAAAACCUGAUGUUCAUCAGCGAACUGGAGAAGCUGGGACUGGUCUGGUCAGUAAAAGGUUUUGAGAGUUGUGACAAGGAAGAUGUAAUGAGAAUCUUGCUGAUGAAAGCUAGUCCUCAUGCAGUGCAGCUGGCAGCGGCGUUGGGCUAUGUCUUCAAACUCAUCAACAUACGCUAUUGGGACCAGACGUUGCAGCUAAUGACAUCUUAUGCCAUGGUUGAGGAACUUGUUAUUGUUCUACCAGAAUUGACUCACCUCUGUCAUCUUCUAGACAGUAACAUUUUUACUGGAGCAUGGAAUUGUGCUUUGAUUACUCCCCUGCAAAAAGCCGAGUAUCCCCUGAGUAAGGAGAGCGGCCGCCGUGUACAGCGCUCUCUGGAGAUGUUGUACUGCUGUCCUAUUCCACGCCAAGUGAAUCUUCUCCUAAUGUUGGAACAUUGCCAGCGUCUGCACAGCCAGGAACUUAUCUCCAGACUUGAGCCCUUCCUGUCUCUCACUCAGUCCAACACCAUUAACACUUCACCUGUGCACAUCAAGCAAGAAAUACCCACGGAGUAGCCCCUGCUAUUACUACUAUAGACUGCCAGCGUCUGUACAGCCAGGAACUUAUCUCCAGACUUGAGCCCUUCCUGUCUCUCACUCAGUCCAACACUAUUAACACUUCACCUGUGCACAUCAAGCAAGAAAUACUCACGGAGUAGCUCUUGCUAUUACUACUAUACAAUGCCAGCGUCUGUACAGCCAGGAACUUAUCUCCAGACUUGAGCCCUUCCUGUCUCUCAUUCAUUCCAACACCUGGGCACUACAAGCAAGAACUACUUACAUAGUAGCUGUAUCAUUGUUUAAAUCUCCUUUAUGGUAUGAAAUGUUUACAUUACUUUAUACUUGUUUCUAUUUAUUUUUACACUAUAUUUUUUUGUAAAAUCUACAGUAGUUUUUGUUAUGAAUUAAUAAUUAGAUGUACCAUUAUUAAAACUCGAAUAAAAUAUUCUUUGUUGUGUUA